CGGAGGAUAUAAAAUGUUUGCAAUGACAGGCAACGCGAGCACGUGUUGAUUGAGGAGGGUUACACAACCGGGAGAUGAACAGUGCACUGGGGUGGCGGAGCGGAGGCAGCCGGGGUGGAAGAUGUCCCUGUACAGGAACACCGUCUGGUUUAUGAAGGGUCUGCGGGAGUACACCAGGAGCGGAUACGAGGCUGCGGCACAGCACUUUGGUGCGAAAGAUCUGGAUGUUGAUGUGACAGGAAGGUGCUUCCUGAUCACUGGAGCCAACAGUGGGAUUGGUAAGGCUGCUGCCCUGGAAAUUGCAAUGCGAGGGGGAACUGUUCAUCUCGUCUGUCGAAACAAAGAGCGAGCUGAAGAAGCCAAGGCUGAGAUUGUGAAGGCGAGCAAUAACAAGGAAGUUUUUGUCCACAUCUUGGACAUGUCAAGGCCAAUGAUGAUCUGGACGUUUGCAGAUGAAUUCCAACAAACCCACGGCAAACUGAAUGUUUUGAUCAACAAUGCAGGGUGCAUGAUCAAUCAACGCCAGAUGACUGCAGAUCAGUUGGAAAGUAAUUUUGCCACAAAUACCUUGGGUGUGUACAUUCUCACCACAGCUUUGGUACCUCUCCUGCAAAAAUCUGAAGAUGCCAGAGUGAUCACGGUAUCAUCAGGAGGAAUGCUGGUUCAGAAACUAAACGUGGAAGAUUUGCAGUUUGAGGAAGGACAAUUUGAUGGGACCAUGGCUUAUGCACAGAACAAGCGUCAGCAAGUAAUUAUGACGGAACAAUGGACCAAAAUGCACAAGAACAUCCACUUCUCCUCCAUGCACCCUGGCUGGGCUGAUACCCCAGCUGUGAGAACUUCCAUGGCCGAUUUCCAUGCAAGGAUGAAGAACAGGUUGAGGACAGCAGCUCAGGGGGCAGAUACAUUGGUGUGGCUUGCCAUCUCCAGCACAGCAUCCCAGCAACCCAGUGGCCUUUUCUUCCAGGAUCGGAAAUCAGUGCCUACUCAUCUAUUUUUGGCCCAAACAAGAGCAACAGCUGCAGAGGAGGAGAAACUGAUGAAAACUCUGGAGGAAUUAGCAGAAAACUUUAAAACCUGGUACGCACAAUAACGCCAAUCCGAAUUGAAUCUUUACACAUGUUCAGAUCAUCACAGUAAUCAGAGUCCUGAUCCUGUUCAUUCACAUCUGAGAAUCCCAACAAACUGAAUGACAACUCAUCUAACAUCCUGCAGUGCUUGAUUAUUUUGGCAUCUCAUUCAUUUAACUACUCCAUCCACACUCAGUAAAGUGGAGCGUGGAUUUGAGCCUUCAUCCUUGGCCACUUAUUGGACUUCAAGUAGAAUGUUGAUAUGCAGUUUCAGCCUUUAGCUCUUCACCUCUAUUUUGUGUUGUUUUCUGGAGAGACAAGGAGAGACUGGAGAUGCUGGGAAUUUGGAGCAACAAACACAAAAUGCUGGAGGAACAGGAGGUCAGGAAGCACCUAUCGAAGAAAAUGAACAGUUGACAUUUCGGGCUGAGACCCUUCAUCAGGACUGAUGAAGGGUCUCAGCCUGAAAUGGUCAACUGUUCAUUUCCUUCACCCCAUGCACAAAAAUCACUUCCCCUUUGAAAUUAUAUUCUCACCUGGUUUUUUAUUGUCAGAGCUGCUUUCUGUAUUUACCUUCUUACUCCCUUUUAUUCUUCACAGGAUAUUAAAAGCUUCAAUCACUAUUUUUCACAAUUGGAACAUCAAUCCUACAAGCUUCUGGUUCCAAUAAAGGGUUGAUAGCUGGCAUAUCAGUCUCUUGUCUCUAAAUACACACAGCUCCAGUGCAUACUUCUAAAUUCUUCAAGUUCUAAUUUAGAUUUUCAACCUUUUUAAAAGAUGUCUUUUACCAUGAGGUUUUUUAGAACAUUGAAUAGUUUAAUUGCUUCCCAGAUUGGUCUAAUUGCUUGUUUUGUAAAAUUAAUAAAAUAUCAGCAAUUUCAACAUGACAAAA